CGGUUAUUUCUUCCUUUCCCGUGUGGACUUUUCUUCUCUAUUAUCCUGGUACGCGUCUUGUUUUGCUUGGUGGACAUUAAUUCCCACGAAGAUCUCCUGGGAAAAGGUAUCUGAAUUGGAUAGAAGAAGAUACAUAGACAAGAUUCUGUGGAAUUUGAGUCUUAUCUACCACUGUCGUCUAUAGAAACACAUACAAGAUGAAGUUCAGAAUGGACAGCAGAUCGUCUGCUCCUCUGUUGUGGAUUUCACUUCUUUCCUUUGCUUCUGUUCUGCUCACAUGCCACUCACCUUCCUCAGACCAUCCCAAUGUCAGACAUUCUUCUACUUACAUAGUCUACACCGGCAACACCAAGACUGAUGAGGCGUCUGCAUUGUCCCAGUAUACAAGCUUCCUGCACAAAGUCUCUGACAGCGAUGGUGUGCCUAAGUCAGUUCUCUAUUACUACAAGCGGAGUUUCAAUGGCUUUGUUGCGAAGCUAACAGAGAAAGAAGCAGAAACAAUGUCGAGACUUGAUGGUGUGGUCUCUGUGUUCCCUAAUCGAAAGAGACAACUCCACACAACAAGGUCAUGGGAUUUCAUUGGCCUCCCACUGAACGUGCAGAGAGCCACGACCGAAAGUGAUAUCAUCGUUGGAGUUCUCGACUCUGGAAUCUGGCCAGAAUCCGAAAGCUUCAAUGACAAAGGAUUAGGUCCGCCACCUAAGAAAUGGAAGGGCACAUGUCAAUCCUCGUCUAACUUCACUUGCAACAAUAAAAUCAUUGGGGCAAAGUAUUACAGAUCUGAUGGAUCAUUUGGUGGUGAAGAGAAGUCUCCGAGAGACAAUGAUGGCCAUGGGACUCAUAUAUCAUCCACCGUAGCAGGGAACCCAGUGAGCCAGGCAAGCAUGUUAGGGCUGGCAGCAGGAACAGCGAGAGGAGGCGCUAUAUCAGCACGCAUUGCCGUCUACAAAGUUUGCUGGGUGGAUGGUUGUUAUGAUGCAGACAUUCUCGCAGCUUUUGAUGAUGCCAUUGCGGAUGGGGUGGAUAUACUAUCAGUUUCUCUUGGAGGGUUGAAUGAUGAGAAUUAUUUCAGGGAUGGACUAGCUAUUGGAGCUUUUCAUGCUAUGAGAAAUGGAAUAUUGACGGUCACUUCUGCAGGGAACUCUGGACCAAAACCAGGAUCACUCGCAAAUUUUUCACCUUGGUCCAUUUCCGUGGCUGCCAGCACCAUUGAUAGGAAGUUCCUUACCAAGGUUGGACUAGGUGAUAACAGGACAUUUGAGGGAAUUUCAGUAAAUACAUUUGACCUUAAGGAACAACAGUAUCCUAUAAUUUAUGGAGGAGACGCACCAAAUACUAAAGCAGGAAUUGAUGGACUUUCAUCUAGGUUUUGCAAUGAAGGUUCAUUGGAUCCAAAUUUGGCCAAAGGUAAAAUUGUUCUGUGUGAAGGUAGAAGCAAAGCAGAAGGUGCCUUCGUGGCUAAAGCUGUUGGUGCACUUACACAAGGUCAGAAUUCCAGAGACUCUGGCUGGUCUUUCCCCCUACCUGCUUCGUACAUUGACUUGCAGGACGCCAAUAGUAUAUUUGCCUACAUUAAUUCCACUAGGAAUCCAACUGCAACCAUAUUUAGAACCAAUGAGGAAAAUGAUCCAUUAGCCCCUAUGGUGGCCUCUUUCUCUGCUAGGGGUCCUAACUAUGUCUCCCCUGAUAUUCUCAAGCCGGAUUUAGUGGCUCCAGGAGUUGACAUUCUUGCUGGCUGGUCUCCGAAAGGCUCUGUUUCCGAGAUUGAAGGUGACAACAGAAGUUUGCAGUUCAACAUAAUCUCAGGAACAUCCAUGUCUUGCCCACAUGUUUCUGGGGCUGCAGCUUACAUUAAAUCAUUCCAUCCUGAAUGGUCUCCCUCCGCUAUUCAAUCAGCUUUGAUGACCACUGCCAGGCCAUUGAGUCCUAGGAUUAACCGAGAUGCAGAGUUUGCAUAUGGAGCAGGUCAAAUCGAUCCUGCAAAGGCAGUGAACCCUGGCUUAGUAUACGAUGCUAGUGAAGUUGAUUUUGUGAGAUUCUUAUGUGGACAAGGGUACAGCAUAAAGACAUUACAGCUUGUCACAGGGGAUAAUAGCAGCUGCUCUGUAUCAGCUAAAGCAAGUGAUCUAAACUACCCUUCCUUUGCUCUUCCAACCCCUGCCUCCAACGUCACUGUAAGUGGCAGUUUUAAAAGAACUGUCACGUAUGUCGGGUCAGAAAAGUCCACAUACAAAGCCACUGUGAGUGGUCCUCCGGGACUGAAAAUCCAAGCGAACCCAAGUGUUCUUUCCUUCACUUCUAGGGGUGAAAAGCAGAGCUUUGUGGUAAGUGUUGAAGGAAGCUUGGAAGCAUCGAUAGUGUCAGCAUCUUUACUUUGGAGUGAUGGUAAGAUCCAAGUGAGAAGCCCUAUUGUUGUGUUUCAUUCACCUCAAUAGAUCAUUAUGAUUUUAUUACUACUAUUAAACGUUGAAUAAAUUGAUGCCGAAGUAUAAUCCAACGUUUUGAAGAAUCGAGUAGGAUCAUUA